UCGAUGUGGUGUCCACAGUUUCGUGAGCUCUGACCACCCCUUCCUCAUUUCAGUACAGCUUCGGAAGCAGGAACUUCACAGGACGGUGAAACGUUUCUCCGCACUUCUAUGACAGCUUCGUUUGAAAACGUAAUUUACGUAAAUAUGUUUUUACUGACAUACAGGUAAAAGGUAACGGGCGGUAGCCGGCGUCUGCCAUAUAAAUUACCGCUUUUCUCAACACAGCCUAACAAGUUUUUAAAGGCUUCCUACAGGAAACGCCGUGAAACCUGCAGGCAGGUGGACCGUCCUUCAAGCCAGGGCCGUUUCAGCGAUUUCUCCUCUGAAACGGGCUUUUGCGCUCAGCUGAGCGAUGGACCCGCAGAGCGGUCUCCUGUCCCGCGCCGGAACCUCCCUAUGGACACUCUUCCAGGGCGCCGUGAACUAUAUCACAUCAGCUGUGGGCAGAUAUUUAAGGCCUGAGCCUCCAAAUACAGGAAAUGAUGACAUAAAUAUAAUACCGGAAGCAACAGUUUGCAAACAAAGAGAGAGAAGUCAUGAGGAGGAAGAAAAGAGUCUGAAUGCAAACUACAAAGAAAAAGAAGAGGAUGAUGCUGAGAACAGUGGGAAAAAUUUUGCAGAUCCCUGUCAGAUUACCCUAUCCACAGACACAGAGAGCAAGACUACACAAUGGAGCGUUGAAUAUGUCAAGAGUAUGGUAACAGAAAAAGGAGACAAGGCACAUGAAAGAUCAAGAGAAGACCAUGACCAACUGAAAAUAAUCCCAGUCACUGCAAACUUAAACAAUGAAGAUGCAGAGGAGAAGGGUCUUACUCAAGAAGAAAUCCAACAGGGAGAUACACAUAUGAGACAUGGUUGUCUGAUAGAACCUAGAAAAGGGGAAAAGGGAAAGCAAGACAAUCACCAAACUGAGGAUGACAUUCAGUGGCAAAAAGAACAAAAGGUAGCCAUAAAACAAGAUCAUGCCAAGUCUACAGAAGAUGAUUUUAAAGGUGAGAGAAGAUUUUUUGGGAUUAAAGUAAAGACAGUAGGAAGUGAUUAUAGAACAAUGGAAGGUUGUGAGGGAAUUCUUGGUAUUAAAGAAAGACAGCCGGAGAUGAGGAAGGGAGAAGAUGAUACAGGGAUAAAUCAAAGUUAUAAGGAAUCAGAAGCAGAGCAAGAAGGAAAUGAACAAUCAGGAAGGUUGGAAGAGACUGAAACAACAAGCAGAGAAGGACAAAUAAGUUGUCAAGAAAAUGAAAAAAAUAAAGUAAAUAUUCAAGCACUAAAAAGCAAAUUCACAGAACAAGAAAGAGAAAAACAUAGACUGGAAGACAAAGGAGAAAUGGAAGAAAUAAGAGGAGAGUUGGAAACAUUAAAUCAGAAUCAAGAAUCAGUAUCAGUUGAAGGGACUGAUGAAUCAUGUGCAAUUGAGAAAAGUGGGGAGGAUGGAAAGAGGGAAACAUAUUCAUCUGUGUUAGAAAGAAGAAAAGAAAUAGAGUACAGGCCUCACAGAGCUCAGACACAUUCUGAUGAUGAAGAUGAUGAAUUGGACACAAACCAAGAGGAAGAAAGAAAAACAGGUGGGGAACAAAUAGGAACUAGGGAGGUGGAAAGAGAGGGAGGACUACAAGAGGUGAACAUAGAAACAAAGUUCAAAAUGACAGUAGUAAAGAUAAAGGAUGGAAAAGAUGAGGAGAAUGAAAAGGAAACAAAAAGUGAUGAAGAGGAAACAACUGACUUAGAAAACAGAGAAAUACAAAUGGGGAAAAAUUUCGAGGAACCGCAAGAUGAGAUAAAACAAGAUGAUGAACGUGGGUGGAAGGAAGAGGUUCAGACCACAAGGGUGUCAGGGCACGGAAGUGUCACAGAGAAUGAAAAACACAAAAAAGAAAUGAAAGGUAUAAAAACGGAAAUCAUUGUAAGUGUCAAAGAACUGGAAAGAGAAAUGCAGAGAAUAGAGGAGGAGGAAGAUGUGGAAGAAAUAACAGAAGACCUGGAAGCAGCAGAUGAACCUCAAGAAUUUGUAACAACAGAAGAGAAAGAAGAGUUAUGUACAUUAGAGAAAGGCAGCAGGGUUGGAGAAAUGGAAGUGUGUUCAUCUGAGUUUGAAAGAGGAGAAGAAAGGGACAAUUAUGUAGCAAAAGAAGAUGUAAAAAUCCACUUUGAAGAUCAAUGGCCAGUGCAAGAAUGGACUGAGGAACACUUAACAUUAGGAUUUGACUUUCAGGAACUGGAAAAAACACACAAAGAAGUAGAAAUGAUACCAGAAGAUAAAGUUGUGGCAAUAUCACAGACACAGUGGAGAGAUGAUAAUAAAGAUGAGGUAAGUGCCCAACAGGCGAGAGAAACAGAAACAGAGCACAGGUGUCACAGACCUCACGAUCAUUCUGGUGUGGAAGAUGAAGAAUCAGAUACAAACGAAGAGGAAGAAAAAAAAGCAGAUGCAGAACAAACAGAUGCAGGGAAAAUGGAAACAGAAGGAGAACCACAGGAGGUGUACAUGGAAAUAAAACACAAUAUGACGGAAGCAGAAACAAAGUAUGGAAAAGAUGAGGAGACUGAAGAAGAAACCAGGAGUGAUGACGUGGAAACACCUGACUUAGGAAAAAGAGAAAUAGCACUGGAGACAAAUUUCAAGGAAUCAGAAGAUGAGAUAAAAGAAGUGGAAUCUGGAAGGGUGGAAGAUAAUAAGUCCAUAAAGGAAAAAGGCCAAGGAAGUGUCACAGAAAAUGAAAAACACACAGAAUUUAAACAUCUAGAAAGAGAAAUCACAGUAAGUUUAGAACUGGGAAAAGAAAGGGAGAGAAUAGAGGAGGAAGAUGAUGUGGAAGAAAUGAAAGACCUGGAAGCAGAAUGUAAAUAUCAGGAAUCUGUAACAGAAGAGGGAGAGGAGUCAUGUGCAGUUGAAAAAGGUAGCAAAGAUGGCAAACGGGAUGUAUAUUCAUCUGAUGUAGAAAAAAGAAAAGGAAAAGACCCUAAUAUACAAAAAGGGGAUACAGAAGUGCACUUUGAUGAUCAAUGUUCAGUACAAAUUGGGACCAAAGAGCACUUCGGAUUAGGAUUUGACUUUCAAGAAUCUGAAACAACAAACAAAGAAACAGUACAAACGAUAACAAAAGAAGACGAUGUAGAGGGAUCAGGGACUCAAUGGAGAGAUUAUAUGACACAUGAAGAUAGUGUUUAUAAGCAAACAGAAAACAACCAAAAGGAAAAGAGAAAAACAGAUGAAGAACAAAUAGACACUGAAGAGAUGAAAAUGGAAGAACCGCAAGAAAUAAACAUUGAGAUGAAAUACAAAAUAGUCACUGUAGAAAGUGAGGAUAGAAAUGAUGAGAAUGACGUGGAAACACCUGAAUUGGGGGAAGAUGAAAUAGAGUUGAAUAAAAAGUGCAAGGAACCCCAACAUGAGAUAAAAGGAGAGGAAGAAUUUAGAAGUUCUGUGAACACUGAGUCAUCUUUUGGAGAUGAACUGGGCAACGUUCUAGAAAAUGAAAGAAAUGAUGGACUACACAGACUAGAAGGUGAAAUCACAGUAAAUACAUUGAUACUGGAAAAACUUAAACAGAGCAAAGAAGAAAAAGAAGAAAUGAAUGAUCUAAUAGAACAUUUAGAAACAGAAGACAAAAGCCAAAAACCAAUAAUGAUGGAAGCUGGAGAAGAAUCACAUGCAGUUAAGAAAGGCUGGGAAGAUGGAGAGAGAGAAGUGUGUUCAACUGAGUUAAAAGAAGAAGAAAACAGCAUAAAGGCAAAAAAACAAGAUAUAAAAGUCCAGUUUGAAGACAGAUGGACAGCACAGUCUGAGGGUCACUUACCAUCACUAGUCAGUUCUCAAAAAAUUGCAACAGCACACAAAACUGGUCAAGCAACAGCAGUUGAUAAACCUGUAGAUAUAUCAGUGACACAAUGGAGAGAUGAUAUGCAACCCGAGGAAAGUAUCUACAAGGGAACUGAGACAGAUGAGAAUGGGAAAUCUCAAAGAACUAAAGGGCAAACUGGUGAGAAAGAUGGGUCUCAUAAUGUAAGUAUAGAAUGGGACAUUGAAAUAAAAGAGGAAGAUGCUGUGCAUGAAGAAACAAAUGAAGCUGUAUCACAACAAAGUAUAAAAGCUGAAGAAUUAAGCUUCAGUAGAGCGGCUGAAAAUGAAGAAGACAAAGAAUUAUGCAGGAGGGAAGACAUUUUUAACAGAAUAGAAAUGAAACAUGAUAGCAAGGUUAAAGGUGUAAAUGCAGUUGAAAUGAGGGAUGAAAUAAUAGAAGUCAAUCAAGAAGCUAUUACAAGAAGUGUAGAUGAACUUGAAGAAAGGGAGGUAGGGGAAACUGGCAUUGAUGACAUUGCCGGAAUAAGAGACGAGUUCCAUGUAAAAGACACAACUGGAAAAAAUGUAGAAGAAACAGAAUGCAGAAAAGAUGAAAGCAGAACUGAGCAUGUGUGGGAAAUGCAGACCGAAAAAAGGGAAGAACAGGUAGUACCAGCAUAUGUAGCAAGUAUGGGACAGAAGGAGAAAGGAGGAGAAAAUACAGUGGAUGAAAGCGUAACAGAAAGAGGAGCAGAAGUGUUUGUAGAGGGAGAAGGAAUAGAAGUGGUAAAAUGGCAAUCCAUGUCAAGUAAAAACAAAGUUGUAGGAAAGGAUACAGAGGGAUCUGAUGUGUUGGUGGAUGAAAAAGAGGAACUUCAAGUAAGAAAGGAUGCAGAGGAAGAGAUUAUUGAGAGAAAUGCAACCAAUGAAUUAGCUGAAACACAAACCGAGCAUAAAGGCUAUGUUAGACAGGAAAGCAAAGACAGAAUUACCAUGGAAGAUAAUGGAAAAAAUUUGAUAAUGGUUCUAGAUGUAAAUACUGCGCUAGCGGAAGAUUAUAAGGAUAAGAGUGCACAUGAUGAAUUGGGAGCAGUAACACUUAGAAGUGGACUGGCUGAGAACAAGUCAGAAGAGGAGAGAAAGUCAGACUAUAAUGGGGGAAUGAGGGCCCAAGUAUGUAAGACUGAUGAAAAACAAGAAGUAACUAAAGCAAAAGAUUGGGUAGAACAUGAAGAAACAGCAAAAGAAAAGACUGACAACAGUGAAGUGUACAGACAAGAGGUAGAAAGAACAAAAAUACAGGGAGAAGAUACAAAACAAGAGCAAAACAAAAGCGAUGAAACGGAGUCAUAUGGUCGAAAUGGUAAAACAGAAAUGUUAGUCACAGAGACACUAGAUGAUGAGGAAAAGGAAGAGCAGCCAAUGUCUAUGGGGGGAACUAAAAAAGAAGUGGAUGAAGAAAUAAGAGCAGAUGUGAGAAAUGAAGACAUUGCACAGGAUGAUGUUCGAAAAAGAGAAGACGAGCAAAUAUAUGAAGAUGAAAGUAAAAAAUUUGUCUUACAGGUGGAUGCCCCCUCUUUGGAUUUCACUGCCCAAAAGUCUCGAAUUGCCCUUAAGAACCACCUGGUUCGUCCACCCAAGGAUCCUCGAAUACUCCUGCAGAAAGCCUCUGUGAUCCCUAUCCAUUCAGCCCCACCCCAGGAGGAGGGGUUUAACACAAAGCCAGUGAUGAUGAAGGUGGGAGGUGGUGGAGUGAUGGGAAUCAAACUGCCAGGCUUUGGCGGUGGAAUUCCAGCACUGAAGAAAAAAGAAAAAGGAGUGAGUGAAAAAAGUGAGGAAGUUACUGGACAGAUCAGUGAGAAGGAACUCACUGCAAAUGUUGGAAUUGAUGUCAGGGAGCAGAGCAGCACAAAACAAAGGGAGGCAGGACCCAAAAUGGGAGGAGUCGGGGCGAUUGGAGUGAAGCUACCUGCUUUUGGUACAGGACUGCCUAUUUUAAAGAAGACAGACCGGGGAGUGAAGAUGAGGGAGGAUGUUGCAGAUGAUGGUGAAUAUGGAACAGCAAGGGCUGAAGGAAAAGGAGCAGAAUCAAAGGAAAAGGAGGUGAAAAGUACUGGAGCACCAGCUGUAAAACUACCAAGUUUUGGCGCUGGAUUUCCUAUGCUGAGAAAGACUGAAAGGGGAGCGAAAAUGAGAAGUGGAGAAGACUUGGAAAAGUCUGAAGCAGAUAAUUUAAACGACACAGACAAGCCAGAUGGAGGAUCUCCAUCCAACAAGGCUGAUGUAGGAAAUCCUCUACUGUCAGAGCUUAAGUUUAAAUUAAAGAAGACUGACAAGAAGUGAGAGUGAUAUCCUGCGUUUCUUUUUAUACAAUACUGUGUGCAUAUGAAUUUCGACAUUAUUUUACCAUUACUUACCUGCAUUUCGUGCACUAUUAAGUAGGGUUGCCAGCAGUGUAUGCAAUUUUACCGUAAUACCCUAAAGAAUAAAUGUUUGUUCAAGCAUACAUGCAGAAGUGCCUCUCAGGUUUGGAAACCACAGCUGUCAGGGCUGUCCAGACUACUAGAAUUCUAGCAGACAAUGUGUUGUGUGAACAGUCUCUGACC